GCUGUGGAAUAUUUGAAAGGGUUCUCUGGGUAGUUAUCGAUUCAUGUAGCGACACAACCGCCAGGGAAACCGUUGCUGUAAAUCGUGUAUUGAAGAAGGGGAACCGUGUGACAUAAUUUUCUGUAAAAAAAAAUGGUCGACUGGAGUCCGAUAGCCAAGGUGUACGACCCGCUGAAAGCUGGCAGCAUCGACGGCACGGACGUGGAGCCCCACGAUCGGGCGGUAUGGAGGGCAAUGAGUGCCCGCUAUAAACCCAACAAAGGCGUUGUUGGAGACCCACUGCUCACCCUGUUUGUGUCCCGACUGAACCCACAGACAACAGAGGAUAAACUGCACCAAGUGUUUUCCAAGUACGGAGACAUCCAGCGGCUCCGGCUGGUCCGGGACAUCGUCACGGGCUUCUCCAAAGGAUACGCCUUCAUUGAAUAUAAGGAGGAGCGAGCUGUUGUCCGGGCUCGCCGGGACGCCAACAAGUUGGUGGUAGACCAGCACGAAGUGUUUGUGGAUUUUGAACAGGAGAGGACCCUGAAAGGAUGGGUCCCCCGGCGGCUCGGCGGUGGGCAGGGUGGGAAGAAAGAGUCCGGACAGCUGCGGUUCGGCGGUAGGGACAGGCCUUUCCGUAAACCCAUUAACCUCGGGGUCGGUCUGGUGCAGGAACGAGGAGGUGGUGGUGGUAGUGGAGGAGGAGGAGGGCGGGACUGGGACAGACUAGGGCCGAGAGACAGAGAGGACCGGGACCGGCACAGAGAGGCUGAGUGGGGCAGCAGAGGGAGGAGAGAUGACCGGGACAGAGGCAGAGAGAGGGAUGAUCGCAGACACGGUGACAGAAACAGGCACCGGGACAGGAGAUGAAGCCCGUGUUUACAAGACUGGAGAUAUCCUCAAAGUACUGAUCUCGCCAAGGCUUCAGAGGAAGUCUUCGUACACAGUCCAGCUGCCUGCCUCAAAUGAACAAAUUCAAGCCAAGUGGGCAGUGAAGCAGAAUGUGACUAUUAGGACUUGUGAUUGGCACACAUACUGAGUUAUGGAAAUCAAAAGCAUUUCAGUGAACAGAUGACCAUUUUAUGGUCUCAGCAUAUCAGUUUUGGUGUGGACUGUCAAAGUUUCAUGUUUGAUCAGGUUGCACUGUAUGGCAAUGGCAUGUCAACCUGCAGCAGGGAAAUCUGACUCAGUUCAUGUUUUUGUAGUCUAAAUUGAACAGUAUAAUUUACCAUAUGAAAGUGCAGUGAACAUUACAAGUCUAGACAUUUUUGCAUUAUUGAUGUUGUCCUGCCAAGUGAGGCCUUACAAUCAGUACAAGAAGUAUCACAAGCUUUAAAAGGCGAAUCUGCAACAAAAUGGCAAUAUUUUUAUUAUACACCUUUUAAAGUAGUUGUAAAUAAGAUUUAAUCUGUUCCACAUUAUCUCUAUUAACACAAUUUAGUUUGGUUUUGAAAGAUGAGACAUGCCUAUUACAGUGCGUUGGGGCAUUUUUGCAUCUUCGUACUUGGUAAAAAGCCUCUGGUGAUGGUUUGUGCAAUCCUGGCUCUAAACACAGGGAAGAAAACCAA